AUGGGCCAGGUCAUCGUGCCUUUAGAUGAAGGAAGUCCCGGGAUUCUGGCAGGGUUCUUGGACCCCCUCCUGCUGACUCACAGUGAGUUCAAGACCCUCAGCCAUUCCUUUUCAUCUGAAGACAGAAACAUCAAGGGAAACAGCAAUGCCUGUCCUGGACACAACAGUCACCCCAUGAUGGAAGUGGCCUCGAUCUACAAAUCCAAAGUGGCAUUUCUUUUUCCAGAGCUUCCUUCCAGGACAGUGGACCUCUCGGCUGUCAACCUCACCGAACUCGUCAACGGGAUGCUUCACAGAGCCCUGAAAGGGACCAAAAACUUCUUCUCCUUGCUGAGUGUUACCUCGUACAGUUCGUUUGCUUUCCACAAGCUGUCGGUGGCCGUGUAUAAUAUUUCUACCCUGAAAAAGGUGGACCCAACCCACUUCCCGACCAGAUACUGCUACUGCUUGAACAAUAAGACCAACGAUUUAUCAGAUUUCACAGCUCUUCUGGUGGACAUCAUCGGGAACUCCACCAGCUACCUCAAGGAGAUUUUCAAAUCGACCUCCAUUCUCUCAGUGAGUCAGAGUAAUGAAACCGACUGCAUCUAUAUCUGUGUGAUGACAGGAAGCACAGGAAGAAAUCUUUCUGAGUUCUGGGAAAUGGUGGAGAAGUCCCCGCUUAUUAAUUAUACGUUUUCCAGUAAUACAUCUGAGGCUCUGGAUGUAGAAUCAAUUCUUCCCAGUUUGAAGACCAUCCAAGAAGAGAGAGAGAAAAUCACUAUGGAGGAGUUGCAGCAAAAUGCCCAUAUAGGCCAAAGUAAGCGAAGGUCUUCAAAACCGCCUGAUAUCCUGGGUUAUGAUACUGGCGGAACCUUUGCUCCAGGGGUCCAAGUCACCACUAACAGACCCACCAAAGCCCCUGCCCCUCGUCCCCAAUCCGGUUUUCCUCCAUCGCCUCCGUCUUCCUCAGAGUACUCUCCGCCACCUUCACCCAAACUGCACCUGGCUUCAAGAUGCCCGCAGCUGCUCGUGAAAGAAAGAGCCGUGACCUCGACCCCUCUCACUGGCAGUGCUCCCAAGAUAAACCCGUGCUUGAUGGAGCUGUGUCGGUUCUUCCAGCAGUGUCUCUGCAUGAGCCCAGCGAGGUAUUCAACAAAAGAUGCUGUGAGGUUCUGCAUGGAGCACUACUCCUGGUUCUUGAAAAACGCAACCUUCAUCUGCCAGAGCGUGAAAAGAAUGUCUGACUCGCACACUUUAAAGCAAAAAUGUCUCGCAAGUAUCUGCAAAUCGGUAUAAAGCCUUGAGGACAGACUGAACGGAGGGAAGAAUCUGAAUCUCUGAGAUUUGUCCGCCCCAUUUUCCCCAGCUUCCAGGACAGAUAUAGGAUGGGUUUGUGGUCUACCGGGGUUUUGUAAUCCACUUUGUUCAGUUUCAGUGUAUGUUUGGUUUCAGGGGCUGAUGUAAGUGAUGUAGCAAGGAACAAUGAAUGAAAUAAUUCCUAAAGCACGUGUUUCCAGUUCUUCAGGGCCGAAUGCGUUGAGCGUGGAAAGCAAUAUUCCUGAAUCAGUCUAUCACCAAUCUGUUUGGAAAUUCGAAACAAAAAAACUCACCCGUCGCCUUCCUCCCCUCCCUCCGCAUCUUAAGGUUACAAUUAAGAGAGUUUCUCUGUAGUCGACCCCAGUUCCAGAAUCCACUGGAGAAUAAUGAUAAUAAAUAAUAAUUGUUAAGAACU